ACCGGUUCGCACACAAGUGUUUUUCUCUCGGGCGAAAACCACAUUUUUCGGACCACCGCUUGAAAAUUUGGGAUAGGUGAAGCGAUUCCAGAACAUAAUACACAACCAUCUGAAAAGUGACACAGAUCUUCGUUUCGUGGACCGUCAGAGAAUGCGAAGAAACCUUUUCUGUCGUGCUGAACUUUUCUAAGCAACACCCUAUCUCGCUUCGUCUUCUCUCUCGGUCGACACGCACGGCAAAGCAAAUGGGGAGUCGCCCGCAGAUCGAGGCACAAAGCCAAAGAGCGCAGAGCUCGACGCGGCGCAGUGACCCUCGACUACUCCAGCCAAGACUGGAAAGCAAAGAGGAAGGCAGGCUUCGCAGAAUUUCAGAUAAAGGCAUGUCAGUUCCUCCUCUCGUCUCUGGCUCUGCAAGUCGCCACACGUGAAAUCGUACCACCGAUGCACAAACUUCCUCUCGAGGAACCCCACAGGCCUGUGAACGGCGUUUCGUAGGGACACGAGAGAAACGGCCAGCGGAGAAGAGCUCUGCAGAAAACAUACGCUUCUUUGACUUUAAAAGAACUCCGCAGAAAGCAUGCACUUCUUCUACUUUCCCUUGGUUCGCCGGAUUCGGGAGGAAGCCCAUACAGGUGGCUUCUGGACAAAUCCGGUGGAAAACACAGCGUUCGCCAGACGCACAAGCACGCUCGCAGCUUGCUGUUGCCUGCACCUGGAAGAAGGGUGGCAAACGCACUGCAGGGAGUAGUCUAGUUUUCGGACUGCUGUUCCGGUGUCAUGAACACAGGCUAGGAAUGGCGGUGGCGUAGGGCCUCGUCAAAGACGACAACAGCAACUUUCCAGCGAAUCGCCGCUCUCUCGGUCGCAAUCCCUCCCUCUAUCCAGCCGAUCCACCUCGACUUGGUUUAUCAUGGAAAUCUGGCACGUCGCUCGACCUGAAGUGCGCCGCCUUUUCGGAACUCGCAAGAAACGCACUCAAACAGGAAAAUCCGUGAAAGCAAGGCUUAAGCGGUGGCAGACUUGCCGCGAAACUCUCUUUCCCCGACUCUCCAGAUCUUCGUCUCUCUUUUCUCUGGACAUUUUCGCCUCUUUUACAUCUGGAGAAGCGUCGCGUCGGCAAUCCAGCCUGGAACGUCGACAAGUGAAGAGCCGCGCCGUUGCCCCAGAGACGACAUUUUCAUUUAUUUCAAUACGUGCAGAAGAGGAGAGACCCGAGCCGGAAGAUCCGCAUGUUCUUAUCCGUAAAUGAUGCCUGGAACACGACGACCUGGCAUCUGUCCAAAGCUGGCAUUGAGAGCAUGCGGAUCUACGGGUUCAACGAACACCAUCACAUCGUGAGAACACCAGGAUUCACAGCUGCGAUUCUUGUUACCACGCAAAUUUCGGAGGCACAGCAAUCGUCCUUGUCGCGAUCGCUAACAAAUAGCUAAAGACACAAUUAGUAUCUUGCGGACUACGACCUUGAAUAGUGGAGGUUAUGCGAUGCGUAACGCAACGUACGUCUUAUUACACGGUAGAUCAGCGGCGACACACCGCGGUGUCUCUGUGCCCCGCAGAAAACAUGCACUAAGAACGGUUCAGAGUUCUCUCUUUCUUCCAUUUCUCGAUGUUCAUGCUUAUUUUCCUUUUGCUUGUCCCUCCACUUUUCUGCCUUUCUUUCGAUGGCCUGAACGUUCUGCUUUUCCCCUCGUCCCUGGUGCACUUUCUUUCUGCACUAACGAAAACAAACACUGUAAAGAAAUUCUUUUCCCCCUGAACUCAAACGUUGCGAUGGUAAAUGUCCCUUUUUCACGAUUAGCACACGAAACGCUGCAAGGAAAAAAAACUUGUAUUCCUUUCCUCGCAUUCUAGAUCGUGUGCCGCUGUCUGUGCUUCUGCAGAGCGUUUCUCGUGGAUCUCCGCCCGACACGGAGACGAUGUUUUUCGUUUUCCGACGCUCCAGUUCGACUCGAAGUUUUCCUCAGUUUCAUUGUGUCGUUGCGUUGUCUGUUUUUCUCUUUUUCUGUUUUUUUUCUCGGAAGGACGCUGCAAAGAUCUCUCGCAGCACACCGGGAACUCUCGUCGUCCACCACGUACGCAUGCGGUUCGGAAAAAAAUUCGUGACUCCAGCUUGUCUCCCUCCUGCCCUCCAGAGAUUUUUCCAUCUUCUUCUUGCUCUUCUUUCUCCGCUGUUCCUUCUCCCCUGUUCUUUCUCCCCUGUUCCUUCUCCCUUUCCUUUCGCUGGGCUCUCCCGGUCUUCCUUUCUUUCUGCGCCGGAUUCGCUUUCGCGAGAGUGUGCGCGUGUCUCGCCCCGCGCUUGAGUCAACUCAUCACGGCCUUCCUCCCGCCUCCUGCCUUGGUCCUCCCGUCCACCUUUCUCUUUCCUGGCAUCUCUGCUCCUCGUUCCUCCUCGCUUCCUCCUCCGCGCCUGCUUCGCUCCUCCUUCUGUCCGGAACGCGUUUCUCUCCCCAUCUCCUCCUCACCUUCUGCCGCACCCAUGGCGCCGCAGCACCCCGCGGCGGCUGUCUCGACAGCGGAUCCCGCCGAGAAGGACGCGACUUUGGAGGCGGCCGCGACAGGCGCGUCUGCCUGCCCUCGUUCUGCGCCCACCGAGCAGCCGAGCUCCGCGAUGCACUCGAGAGAGAACACCCUGGGCGCUCAACUCUUCUGUUGCUCCGGAGUCGACCUCGGCGCCCAAAACAGCGUCCUCGCCAGCGCCGACUUGGCUGCUCCCCUCGCAGUCGACGUGGAAGGAAAUGCUCUCUCCAACCGCAGCACCCCGAGCACGGAAGCCUUCGACGGAAAGCUCAGGCUUGUCGGCGAAGAAGCAGAGGCUCGCGCGACGUCGAAUCUGAGAAACACGAUCAGCCACCUCCCGCUGUGGGUCGCGGUGAAAGACGAAGCCUCGCUGGAGAAGCUGAAAACCAGGUUUCCGUUCUCGUCUUUCCCCGCCGUCUCCUUCGACUCGCGCCGCCGCGAGCCUGUGUUCACCGUCGCGUUCGACGGCGAAUCAACGCAGGUUGGUUUGACGGUCGUGCUGGCGCAUUUCUUAAAAACUGUGGUGAGUUUCGCGGGGACGUCCAGAGGACGCGCUGUGGAGACGCGCGCGCUGGCAGUGGCGCUGCCUUCGUCUUUCUCGACGGAGGAGAUGAGUCUUGUGCGCGAGGCCUGCGACUUGGCCUGCCUCUCGCGCCUCGUCGUCCCCGAAGUCGCAGAAAGUGGAGACGCAACAGACAGUGACAAGAACGCAGCAGGUGAAGCAGACGGAGAGAAAGUCGACCCUACUGCAGGCCCGCUGCUUCUCACUCGCGCCGACGCCCUCCUCAACUGCUGGGGGUGCAAACACCUGCCCCAGGUGUACGCGGAGCUUCCCGCGGGUGUAUGUACACCCGAGAGCGGCGAUGAGGAGGGCGAGGUGAAGUUCGUCGCUCUCGUCGACGUCGGCUUCGCGGAGACUUCUGUCCAGGUCGCAGAACUCCGCCCCCGCGCCGAGAAGGACGUGAAUGAAAGGCAGAAAAUUCAAGACCAAAUCGUCAUGAACAGACUCUCAGUCGUCGUCGACGACGCCCUAGGAACUGUCGACGCCAUCAAUGCAUUGGCGACGCAUGUGGUGGGCGCGGUGAAAACGAAGUACGGCGAGGACGUCGCACCUCACAGCAAACGCGCGCUGCGGCUGUUCGCGGGUUGCCAACGAGCAGUGAAAGAUCUCAGCGGCUUGCCGGACACAACCCUCGCCCUGGAAGGAUUUCUUCAAGACGAAAUGGACCUUGUUCUUCCUGUCUCUCGGGACCUCUUUGAGCAGCUCUGCGCCCCCCUCAAGGAGCGCCUGUCGAGUCUGGUGGCGCGCGCGUUCGCGACUGCGGGGGUGGCCCCGGCGCAGGUGUCUGGCGUCGACAUCGUGGGCGGCGGUUCGCGCAUUCCAUUUGUCGCUGCGACGCUCUCGGCGAGUCUCUGGGGAAACGCGAGUGACUCUGCUCGCCUUCGACGGACUCUCGACGGCAACAGCUCAGUCGCAGUCGGCGCCUGCUUCGCCGCCAGCGGCAGGCGCUACCUGCCGCCCUUCGCCCUGCCCGAAAGCCGCCUCGCAGAUGGCGCCUUGGAAGCGCUGUCCGCUCGGCUGGAGGAGACGGAGGCGAAGGAGCUCGCGCGCUGCGCCGUGCGGAACGCGAUGGAGUCUUACCUCUUUCAGAUGCAGGGGGCGUUGAGUGGCGCGCAUGCACAUCUCUUCACGGACAAAGAGGCGAUUCACAGCCUACUGAGGCAAGCCGAGGACUGGCUGCUAGACCAUCCGGACGCAGACACAACGGCCUUCGAAACGCAGUUCGGAGCGUUAAAGGCGGCGCUGGAGGAGCAGUGCCGGAGCUACUUCGAGGCAGUGCAGAGAGAAAAAGAACAGAAAGAAAGAGAACUUGAAGAAGCGGCUCGCGUCGCCGCCAGCAACGCUCAAGAAGACCUCGACGUGAAACUCCCCAACAGCCAAUGCAUCAAGCGCGCAAAGAAAAACAAAGACGAGGGGAACGAACUCUUCAGAGACGGCAACACGGAGAUGGCGGUGCAGCGUUACAUCAAGGCUCUGCAGUACACGGCGAAGUUGUUCGACUUGUCUCCCCAGGACGCAGCGGAGGCGACAGCCGUGAAGCUUGCCUGCAAUUUGAAUCUCGCGCAGGCGUAUUUGAAACUCGCGGCUUCCGGAGACCCGAAGGCGCCGCUGUCGAGCACCCAGGAAACGUUUCUCAAGAAGGCCGUGAGCUGUUGCGACGCUGCCCUCGAAGCCGACUCGAACAGUCUGAAGGCGGCGUACCGGCGCGCACUGGCGAACGAGAAACUACGCGACUUUGAUGCAGCUCUUGAAGACGUGAAGAGGGGCCUCGCAACAAGCCCAGCAGACACAGAUCUUCUCAAGCUCCAAGACCGCUUGGAGAGACAAGUUAAGCUGCAGAAGGAGAAAGCGAAGAAGAUGUACGCGAAGAUGUUUUCGUAAAUUUCUCGACGCGUCGGCAGUUUCUUCCGCUCGACCUGUUUCAUUCGAUCGUCCACGCUCAGUCUUGCCAUACAUAAUACUUGUAUGAUCCCAGAGUCUUCACUGCAUCCCUUAUCCUUCAUUUCUCUACUUCUUUUCGACCUCCUCUUGCUCCUCUUCCUCGCCCUCUGUCGCAUUUUUUCUUCUCUCCCUGCGCGGCUGUUCUCCCGCAUUUUCAAGCGCUUGCUCGCGCGCCGCGCUUCCGGCUUCGCUCCCCGCUUGCUUCGUUCUCUUCUGCCGACGUUUCUCUUCGCCUCCAGACCUUUCUUCGUCGCGCGGCUGCAGGCGGGGGGGGGGCGGGGGGACGGCCGCAAGGAGGAAGAAAAGAUGAAACGAGCGAAGAGCGCCAAAGAGAGACUUGAGAAAAAACAGGCAGCACCGGGUGGAAGGAGAAUUCGAGUCGUCUCUGCUCGCAUCCAUUUCACUCCACACCGCACGGUUUCUGCGGGCGUGAGAGACUCUGAGAGGUCGAAGACCGGCGAGCUCGUCGGUGCAGUGCAGGAGAGAGGCUGAGGAGAGAGGAAGUAACUCACAAGACCAGUGGAAGAAGUCGCCGCGUAUGCACUACCUGUCACAGAAGGUCAAAGAAGGCGGAACGGAGUCGGCAGAGAAGAAGAGAGGCGCCGCUGGGGGAGACCCACGGCGUGGAAACGAAUGCCCAAAGACGAAGAGAAGACGAUGGCGAAGAAGGACAAACGGAGGUGGAGUGUAUGGAGGGGAGACACACAGUUUUCUCCCGAGUCUUCGGCGAAGUCGCAGCCCCGACAGCGAUACUCGAGUGAGUUGCACUUCUUCCCUCCGCGCGCGCGAUUUUCAGUGUCCGUUUUCUAAAACAAACGAACCAGCCUUGCCCUUGAAAUCCGUUUUCUGUCGCCGCGAGAUCGCGCUUGCGGUCUUCUCCUCCGGCGUCCGUGACGACUGCCUACCGGGCUCAGGUGUACAUACGCCGCUUCAGGGCGCGGGGUAACCUUUCUGCGUCGCUCGCCGCGGAGACUCAACAGCAUGUUUUGUUCACUAGCGCCUGGCUACUCUCCCACUAAGAGUUUUAAGUAGUAUUUUCGCGCGUCAGCUGAGUGGAGUGCCAACCGGUCCAACUGUGGAUUCGUUUCGAGCAAGUCUGGUCUGGAUGCCCAGGGCCCUGUGCUCCCUUGAACGAGUCGCAAGCGACCAGGCAUGCGGUGCAGUUGUGCAGAGCGGAAGCUCAACUCUCAGUUACUCAAAGGAUAGUGUGAGACUCCCAGGUCGCUCAGACGACCUUUCUUCUACGGCGCGCAGACCGCGACUUCUUUUUCUGCGCAACGCACGGGGCUGGAGCAGCGUCACAGGGCAGUGUACAGACAC